AUGUAUUCACUUGUUUGCCCUUCCCCAUGGUGGGAGAAGGGCCAUUUUUCAAACUGCGUGGAAGAGACUUAUUUUGAUACGCUCAUCUCACUGGCGAUGAUUGCGUUCUCAGUGUUUAUGAUUUUUAUUAGCGCUUUUAUACGUCAACGACAACGUGUUCGAGGUAGUUCUGUGCCCAAUCACGCAACCGAAAGCGAAGACGAGACAUUGACAUCGUGCAAUGAAGAUGUCCAACGGUGCAACACCACAACCCGCCGCGCUCAGCUUCUUGAAGCCGUUGUCCUUAUUACAGACAUCGUCAUCAGCUCUAGUCUAUACGCACACUCUGAGGCCAUAUACUAUGCGCAAUGGAUUUGCUUCUUCCUCACCAUACCAUCGCAUCUCGCCAUUGCACCUAUCAGCACGACCUGGGUCUUCUCCUUGGCGCAUAUGGACAGCAAGCAUGCGGCUCGAAGCGAGACAGCCACCCGCAUAUCGCAAUUAUCCUUCUCAUGGAUGGACGAGCUUUUAUGGAAAGUUUUCAGAGCAGGCCCGCUCCAGCAAAUCGACCUAUAUCCUCUCAGUCCGAAGCUCGCCGCCGCCGCCGUCAUACCUGACUUCCGCGACAACACGACUACUUCGCUGUCUUUACUCUUACGGCUUUUUCAAUACUUUGAGAUCGACUUCCUCCAACAAGUCGCCUGGGCCACGGUCACUGAUGUGGCUGUCUUUGUGCCUCCACUUCUCAUCAAGCUCAUCCUGGAGCACCUUCAGUCUCCGGACCAUGGCCCAGCAAGCACACCGUGGCUGUACGUGUCUUGCUUGCUCAUAGCAAGUCUUGUCACUGGCGCAUCACGAUGUCAAUGUGAAUGGAUGGGUGAUCAAAUUUCUUCCCGAACAAGAACCGUCCUUCUGGAUGAGAUCUACGCCAAGAUUCUCCGAAGGCGGAUGGAGAGGCCGUCUUCAGGAGAGGAAAAGGUGGGAAAGGAGGACCAACACACCUCCGACGGCACUAUCUUCAACUUUGUUGCGGCAGAUGUGCAUUUCAUCAGUUUCAUAAGUGGCUUCCUCUAUCUCAUCUGGGUGACAUUCCCGGUCCAGAUUACCAUCGGGACUUGGCUCCUCUAUCAGAUCCUAGGCGUCAGCGGCAUACUCGGCAUGGCCUUCAUGGUCGCUCUGCUGCCUCUGAACAUAUUCUUGUCAAGGCGCCUUGGCGCGGUGCAGGCCAAAGUCAUGCAAGCUGGUGAUUCACGGAUCCAGGCCAGCAAUGAGCUUCUCAACGCGAUCCGUACGAUCAAAUUUAAUGCGUGGGAGGUCUCUUUCAAAGAGCGUGUACUGGAGAAAAGACAUCUGGAGAUAAGAACGAUGCGCACUUACUUCAUCUGGUGGUCGAUCGCCCGGACACUCUUUUACUCGAUUCCCUCCAUCAUCACGAUUAUUACCUUGCUCUUUUAUACGGUUGUCUUUGGCCAGACGCUUACGACGUCCGUUGCUUUCCCGGCCUUGGCCACUUUCGCAGUGGUGCGAGCCCCCCUGAGUAAAGUGGCCGACUCAAUCACUUUUCUAAUCAAAGCCUAUAUGUCGCUCUGCCGCAUUGGUCAAUUCCUGCAGACGAAUGAGACGGCCAAAUACACGCAGGCUGCCGCUACGCAGUCAACAUUUGUUGGCUUCAGUCAUGCCACCCUGACAUGGCCCACUAGCGGAGCUGCUGAAGAAUCCCUAGAAUCUGGUGAAGAGACGGCACUGCUGGCGAAUGAACAACCGCCAGUCAAGUUCAGACUUGAAAAUCUGGAUAUGAUAUUCCGGGAAAACGCUCUGAAUAUUGUGUGUGGGCCAAGCGGCUCGGGAAAGUCAUCCUUGCUUCUUGCUUUGAUGGGAGAAAUGCAGCUCGAGGCCGGCCAGGUCUUCUCUCCAUCCGUAAGUGGCACCAGGAUGGCCCGGAGGAGCACUUAUGGCCCAAACAGUGACUUCCCGACUGAACUAGACAACACAACUGCAUAUUGCCCUCACGAGCCCUGGAUCCUGAAUCAAAGCAUACGCGCCAAUAUCCUGCUCGGCCUACCUUUCAACGGCACGCGAUACGAAGAGGUGCUGCACUCUGUCGCCCUGCACGCGGACCUGGCCAGUUUGAAACGUGGCGACCAGACCGUGGCGGGAGAGAAUGGAAGCCGGCUGUCUGGUGGGCAACAGCAACGCGUGUCUCUUGCCCGAGCACUGUAUAGCACCUCGAAAUAUAUGUUUUUGGAUGACUGCCUGAGUGCCUUGGACUCUCACACUGCUCGGCAUGUCUUUUUUCAAGCGAUCAAAGGGCCUCUGAUGGAUGGGCGCACAUGCGUGCUUGCUACUCACCACACGCACUUGGCUGUACCGAACUCUGACUUUGUGGUCAAGCUUGAGGCUGGGAGGGUUUCUGCGCAAGGUGCUCCUGGAGAGGUUGACAACAAAGACACGUAUGAAGCGAAGAUAUCGAAAACCUCACAAGUUGGAAAGCCGCCCGACGCACAAGAAGAAGAUGAUGAAGAAGGUGAUGAUGAUGAGAGCAAGGCAGAAGGCUCAGUGUCGUGGUCCGUUAUGAAAGAUUACCUCAAGUCCAUGGGACACACGAUCUUUUGGAUCACGGUUGCCGUUGCAUUUGGCGUGCAGCAGUUGAGCGGCUUGAGUAUGAAUCUCUGGGUCCAAGAAUGGGCAUCCCAGUACGGUAAUCUGGGCCGAAAACGAGACCAAGUGAGUUCUCACAGCUCGCAGGUUGCCGAGAAGGUACCAGCCUGGUACUACCUCUCUAUCUACACUGUUCUAUGCCUCGGCUUUGCGGUCAUCACAUUCUUGCGUGACAUCCUCACAUUCUCGGCGUCACUCAAAGCAUCCUCAGCCAUUUACGAACGUCUGCUCGACUCGGUGCUUUUCGCCAAACUGGCCUUCUUCGACCGCCCUAUCGGCCAGAUCAUCAAUCGUCUGUCCAAAGACAUAUCCGCCGUGGACCAGUCGCUGGCCUCCUUCACACUUACUGCGGUGCAGCUUACAGCAACAGUGUUGAUGAUUGUCCUUCUUAUGGUCUGGGUUCUACCUGGAAAGCUGGUCCUGAUCCUCUUGCUUGCAGGCAUUUUUGCCUUGUACUACCUUAUCACGGCCGUAUACAUCCGUGGAGCACAGGACCUCAAGCGAAUAGAGGCCAUCUCCCGAUCGCCCCUGUACCAGCAUGUAGGCGAGACCAUUGCUGGCUAUGUGAGCAUCCGCGGCUACGGGCGAGAAGCCAUGUUUACCAAGAAGCACGGCACCUUGGUCGACGGCCUCAACCAGCCAACCCUGCUCCUUCAGGCCAGCCAGCAGUGGCUCUUGGUGCGUGUCGACAUGCUCAGCAGCAUCGUCAUCUUCGUGGUUGGCGUUUUCAUCAUCUGGAGCGCCCGGUCGAUCGAUGCUGGUGCUGCUGGUUUGAUCUUGACGUACGCUGCGACGUUCACCGAGCACAUGCAGUGGCUUGUGCAGAUUUACGGGUUGGUACAGCAGCAUUUGACAUCUGUCGAGAGGAUAGCUGAGUACAUUUCCAUCGAGAAAGAGACUUCCGGUCCAGUGCAAGGACAUGAUCGUCAUAGUUCGCAGACUGUGCCGGAGAAUUGGCCAACACAACAACAAGGUGGCGUGCGAUUCCACAGCUUUACCGCUCGCUAUGACGAGCAUCUUGAGCCUGUUCUUCGUGGGAUCAACUUACAGGCCAAGCCAGGCGAGAGACUUGCCAUAGUCGGUCGUACAGGCGCCGGUAAGUCGUCCAUGGCACUGGCACUCCUCCGAGUCUUGGAGGCCGACCGGAACGACGGAGGCCGCAUCGAGAUAGACGGAGUUGACAUUGCCAACGUCAACCUCUCCAGACUCCGAGGCCAGGCUGUCACCAUGGUCUCUCAAGAGCCACAGCUCUUCAACGGCAGCGUGCGCACCAACCUGGACCCUCUGGGACAACACAGCGACGCCGAGAUAGCGGACGUGCUGCGCUCCAUGCAUCCACCACGUCAGAAGCACGACCCUGGCAGCAGCCCAGACCUGCUCCGUGACCUCCUACAGCCCGAAAACGCUCUCUCGCGCGGCCAGCGCCAGCUCCUGUGCGUUGCGCGUGCCAUACUCAGGCGGUCCGGCGUUCUGAUCCUCGACGAGGCCACAGCCAACGUCGACCACGCUGCAGACGCCGCCAUCCAGGCAGGCCUGCGGAGUCAGGUCGCUGCUGGGACGACAGUGAUCACCAUCGCCCAUCGGCUGUUGACAAUCGCAGACUAUGAUCGCGUCGUGGUUCUCGAUGCUGGGCGGGUGGUGGAGGAGGGUUCUGUCCGGGAGCUGCUUGGGCGGGAUGGAGGUGAGGGGGUGUUUCGGCGGCUGUGCGAGGAGUCGGGGCAUUUGAUGGAAAUUUUGCAAGCAGCUAAAUGA